GGGAGUGGGAAAAUGGUACGUGCUUCCCGCUCUCAACCCAACUGCAUUUCGAGCAAAGGAUUGCUAUGAGUGAAAGAGGAAGAAGAGAGAAGAGUUCUUGCUGAGGGGUGGAAGUGAAGGCAGCCCCCUUCUCCGAAGAAGCCUCCGCGAUGGCCAGAGCAAAGCUGAAGAAGUCGCCAUCCGAGAGCAAUGCCCACCAGAAAACCAUCCCGCCUCUGGCAACGACCGAGGAUGUCCCGGGGGUCAGCCCGUUGCUACCCGCGCGGAGGCUGGGGUCCUUGGGGAGCGAAACUGGACACAGGCCACAUACCGAAGAUUUCAGUAUGGAUUCCUCCCUUUCACAGGUCCAAGUGGAGUUUUAUGUGAAUGAAAACACGUUUAAGGAGCGCCUCAAGCUGUUCUUCAUCAAAAACCAAAGAUCAAGUCUGAGGAUCCGGCUCUUCAACUUCUCCCUGAAGCUCCUUACGUGCCUCCUUUACAUUGUCCGUGUUCUGCUUGAUGACCCACAACAGAUAGGGUGCUGGGAAUGCGAAAAACACAAUUCCUCAACUUUCAACCAGUCAUCAACACAAAUCAAUUGGACUCCAGUUAUAUGGGUGGACCGAAACAAGCCAUUAUGGGCAAUACAGGUCAGCGUAGCAAUCAUUAGCUUUCUUGAGACGAUGCUUCUGAUUUACCUCAGCUACAAGGGGAACAUUUGUGAGCAGAUCUUUCGUGUAACUUUCAUCCUUGAAAUGAUCAACACUGUGCCCUUCAUUAUUACAAUAUUUUGGCCACCGCUGCGGAAUUUAUUUAUCCCAGUUUUCCUGAACUGCUGGCUGGCAAAACACGCCUUGGAAAACAUGAUUAAUGACCUACACAGAGCGAUACAAAGAACCCAGUCUGCUAUGUUCAAUCAGGUGCUCAUUUUGAUCUGCACUCUGCUGUGUCUUGUUUUCACUGGAACCUGCGGCAUCCAGCACUUAGAAAGAGCCGGUGAAAACCUCUCCCUCUUCAAGUCCUUUUACUUCUGCAUUGUCACCUUCUCCACGGUGGGCUAUGGUGAUGUCACACCCAAGAUCUGGCCCUCGCAGCUGCUUGUGGUUAUCAUGAUUUGUGUGGCCCUGGUUGUAUUGCCAUUGCAGUUUGAAGAACUUGUGUACCUGUGGAUGGAGCGCCAGAAGUCAGGAGGGAACUACAGUCGCCACCGAGCCCAGACGGAGAAGCACGUGGUCCUCUGUGUCAGCUCCCUCAAGAUUGACCUGCUCAUGGACUUCCUCAAUGAGUUUUAUGCCCACCCUCGUCUGCAGGAUUACUAUGUGGUGAUCCUGUGCCCGACAGAGAUGGAUAUUCAAGUGCGUCGAGUCCUGCAGAUUCCACUGUGGUCUCAACGGGUGAUCUAUCUCCAGGGAUCUGCUCUGAAAGAUCAGGAUCUCAUGAGAGCAAAGAUGGACAAUGGGGAAGCUUGUUUCAUUCUGAGCAGCCGAAAUGAGGUGGACCGCACAGCUGCUGAUCAUCAAACUAUCCUGAGGGCCUGGGCGGUGAAGGACUUUGCUCCAAAUUGUCCUCUCUACGUUCAGAUUUUGAAGCCAGAGAAUAAGUUUCAUGUAAAAUUUGCUGAUCACGUAGUGUGUGAAGAGGAAUGUAAGUACGCCAUGCUGGCUCUGAACUGCGUCUGCCCAGCUACCUCAACGCUCAUAACCCUCCUUGUUCAUACGUCCAGAGGACAAGAGGGUCAGGAAUCACCAGAGCAGUGGCAGAGGAUGUAUGGUCGCUGCUCUGGCAACGAGGUCUACCACAUCCGGAUGGGCGACAGCAAGUUCUUCAUGGAAUACGAAGGGAAAAGUUUCACCUACGCAUCCUUCCAUGCCCAUAAAAAGUAUGGAGUCUGCUUGAUGGGUGUGAAAAGGGAGGAUAAUAAAAGCAUCCUCCUCAACCCAGGACCGCGGCACAUCCUGAGUGCCUCCGACACAUGCUUCUACAUCAACAUCACGAAGGAGGAGAACUCGGCCUUCAUCUUCAAGCAGGAGGAGAAGCAAAAGAAGAAAGGAUUUGCAGGGAGAGGCAUCUAUGAUGGGCCGUCAAGGCUGCCAGUCCAUAGCAUCAUUGCCAGCAUGGGCACGGUGGCCAUGGAUUUGCAGAACACAGAGUGCCGCCCCAUCAACAACAGCAAGCUCACCUUGCCAGCAGAAAAUGGCUCUGGGAAAAGGAGGCCCAGUAUCGCCCCUGUCCUGGAGGUGGCCGACAGUUCGUCCCUCUUGCCGUGUGACAUGCUCAGUGACCAGUCAGAGGACGAGAUGACUCAGUCGGAUGAUGAAGGACUCACUGUUAUCGAGUAUGUGAAAGGCUACCCUCCCAACUCUCCCUACAUUGGAAGCUCUCCCACAUUAUGCCACCUUUUGCCCGUUAAAGCUCCAUUCUGUUGCUUGCGCUUGGAUAAGGGCUGCAGGCACAACAGUUAUGAAGAUGCCAAGGCCUAUGGCUUUAAGAACAAGCUGAUCAUUGUGUCAGCAGAGACGGCUGGGAACGGCUUGUACAACUUCAUCGUUCCUCUCCGCGCCUACUACCGGUCACGGAAAGAGCUAAACCCCAUCGUACUGUUGCUUGACAACAAGCCUGACCAUCAUUUCCUGGAAGCCAUCUGCUGUUUUCCAAUGGUCUAUUAUAUGGAAGGCACAAUUGAUAACCUCGACAGCUUGCUGCAGUGUGGAAUCAUUUAUGCUGACAAUUUGGUGGUGGUGGACAAGGAGAGCACUAUGAGUGCCGAAGAGGAUUACAUGGCAGACGCCAAGACCAUCGUCAACGUCCAAACCAUGUUCAGGCUUUUCCCAAGCCUGAGCAUCAUUACAGAGCUGACACAUCCGUCCAACAUGAGGUUCAUGCAGUUCCGAGCAAAGGAUAGCUACUCACUGGCCCUUUCCAAACUAGAAAAGAAAGAGCGGGAGAACGGUUCCAACUUGGCUUUCAUGUUCCGCCUUCCGUUUGCUGCCGGCAGAGUUUUCAGCAUCAGCAUGUUGGAUACGCUGCUUUACCAGUCAUUCGUGAAAGACUAUAUGAUCACCAUCACAAGGCUGCUUCUCGGUCUAGACACCACCCCAGGGUCCGGCUACCUCUGUGCUAUGAAAAUCACUGAGGAUGACCUGUGGAUCCGGACAUAUGGGCGUCUCUUCCAGAAACUAUGUUCCUCCAGUGCUGAGAUCCCCAUUGGCAUCUAUAGGACUGAGUCCCACAUGUUUUCCACCAUGGAUCCUCAUGACAUCAGGACACAGUCACAGAUCUCAAUCAACGUGGAAGACUGUGAGGAUACAAAAGAGGUGAAGGACCACUGGAACACCAAAACCACUCAUCACCGGAACUCGUGCCCCACCGACCAAGCGGAGCACCCUUUGCUUCGGCGCAAGAGCAUGCAGUGGGCCCGCCGGUUGAGUCGAAAAGGAGCAAACAAACACACACCCAAAACAGCUGAGUGGAUCAACCAGCAGAGGCUGAGCCUCUACCGGCGAUCAGAGCGGCAGGAGCUUUCAGAGCUGGUGAAGAACCGAAUGAAACAUCUGGGCUUGCCCACAACAGGGUACGAGGAUGUAGCAAAUUUAACAGCCUGUGAUGUGAUGAAUCGUGUAAACCUUGGAUAUUUGCAAGACGAAAUGAAUGACCAUCAGAACACGUUGUCCUAUGUUCUCAUCAACCCUCCUCCAGACACACGCCUGGAACUCAACGACAUUGUGUAUUUAAUACGACCCGAUCCCUUAGCACAUGUCGAAAAUGAGGCACACAGUCGAAAGAGCAGUUGCAGUAACAAGCUGGACCCCUGUAGCCCUGAAACGAGAGACGAGACGCAGCUGUGAGAACCUCCCUCCUUUUGCACGGACACUAUCGCCUCCCCCUCUUGUCCAUGCAUGGAACUAUAACAGAACUUGAUGGAUGAACUUUGCUGAAGGGGAUGGACAGUUUUCUGCAGGGACUGAAGAUGAGCUCCUCAUCGAAAAGACAAAGACAACCGCUUGGUUGGGGAUCCUGACUUCAGCUUACCGAGUGACCCACAGGGCACUGAGAAAAAGUCACAUUCCCUCCCCCCCCUCCCCAACCUGGCUUUAUGUCUCCCCCAAAAAAUGCUUCCAAUGGAAGGUCCUGAGAGUUUCAGAAUUAAAGGAAACAUGGUCCAAUCGAAGACAUGGAUGAUU